CUCAUUGAAUAGAAUGGAGGGUCUUGUUCUGUGCUCUGCAAAUUAUGUGCCGUUGACACCAAUAAGCUUCCUGGAAAGAGCAGCCACCGUCUAUAGAGGCAAGACUUCCAUUGUCUAUGGCGGUGUCAGAUUUUCGUGGGAAAAAACCUAUAAAAGAUGUCUCAAGCUCGCUUCUGCUUUGGUCCGAUUGGGGGUUACUCCAGGUGAUAUUGUUGCAACUUUAGCCCCUAAUAUUCCAGCACUCUAUGAAUUGCAUUUUAGUGUUCCAAUGGCUGGAGCAAUUAUCUCUGCACUUAACACUAAGGUGGAUGCAACCACUUUAGCAUCUUUAUUACAACAAUUAGAACCUAAACUCUUUUUUGUAGAUUAUCAAUAUACUAAUGUUGCCCUCCAGGCAUUGGACAUUCUUUCCACAAAGAAUGGCAAGCCACCACAGCUUGUAUUGGUCCCUGAGUUUGACCGAGCAACUUAUUCCCUGUCCAACAACCAAGAAUUAUGUAGCUUAGAUUAUUUUGCUCUUCUUGAACUGGGUUCACCUGAUUUCGAAGUAAUAAGGCCGAGUACCGAAUGUGAUCCAAUUUCAGUGAAUUAUACUUCAGGCUCAACUGGGAAUCCUAAAGGGGUGGUGUACAGCCAUAGAGCUGCCUAUCUAAAUUCGUUGGCAGAAAUUUUCAGGUGUGAUAUGAGACAAAUGCCGGUAGUUUUUCUAUGGACAGUAGACAUGUUUCGUUGCAACGGGUGGUGUCUAACUUGGGCUAUGGCUGCUGUUGGGGGCACUAAUAUUUGCCUCAGAAAUGUCUCAGCUAAAGUAAUAUUUGAUGCACUAAUACUUCACAAGAUAACUCACUUAUGUGGUCCCCCAUCUAUCUUGAACAUUAUUGCCAAUGCACAAGCAAGUGAGCAAAGGAAACUUCCAAGCAAGGUCAAUGUUAUUGUAGCAGGUGCAUUGUUGAACUCUAAAAUCCUCCUGAAGGUUGAAGAAUUAGGGUUUCAAGUCACUGAUGGGUAUGGUAUGACUGAGGUCCUUGGUCCGGCCAUUGUUAGGCCAUGGAAACUUGAUUCAGAUUUUAAUGGUUCUUUCAUGGAUGAUGAUGAUGAUGAUGAUGAUGAACAAGUAAAAUACAAAAGCUGUGAAGGGCUGCACAAUCUUUUGAUUGAAGGGAUUGAUGUUAAGGAUCCAAAAACCAUGAAAAGUGUACCAUAUGAUGGGAAAACCAUAGGAGAAGUGAUGUUCAGGAGCAAUACUUUGAUGUCAGGAUAUCUUUACAACGCAAAAGCUACCCAAGAAGCUUUCAGGGGUGGAUGGUAUCACACAGGAGACCUUGUAGUUAGACAUCCAAAUGGCAGCAUACAAAUGAAGGAUCGUGCAAAUGAUGUUAUAAUUUCUGAAGGAAGGACUAUAAGCACAUUAGAGGUGGAAGCUGCCUUGCUAAGUCAUCCAAUGGUUUCAGAGGCUGCUGUGGUUGGAAAAUUUGAUGCUGAUUUGAAGGAGGUGGUGCCUUGUGCAUUUGUGAAAUUGAAAGAUAGGUGUGAUGCUAAUGCUAAAGAGAUUACUGAAUUUUGUAGAGAUAAAUUGCCAAACCAUAUGAUUCCAAAGAUUACAGUUUUUGGGGAUCUUCCACUCAAUUUCACUGGAAAGGUGCAAAAGUUUGUUCUAAGGGAGAAAGCCAAUGCCACGAGUAACCUUGCAAAUUGUUAAAGGUUUAAUUUGUUUGUCAUGAUUUUUCUUUUUUUUUUUCAUUAAAAAAAAAAAACUUUUCUUGGCUUUUUUUUAUAUUAUUCUGUAAUUUCUUGUAGUUCCAGUAUCAAGGGUUUGUAUCAGUUGCAAAUUUUUAAUAUUUGAAUCAUCAAAUGAUAAUUAAGGAAUGUUGAUUCGUCGUA